ACAGCUACAUCCCUAUCUACCAUACAGAGAAGUGGACGUUAUUUGGGAAAUACCUGUUUCUCUGGACCUUUCAUCAAUAUCUGUGAAGUCAGAAGUAGAGCUCUUUAAUUUCCAAUCAAGAAUAGAGCUUCUCAGGUCCAAAAUGAAGAGCCUUUUGCUUUGCUGUUUGCUGGCCACGCUCUUGCCUUACGUUCUAAGUGCAACACUUCAGGUCAACUCUGAUGGAGGAGACAAGCUGAGUGUGUGGCUGAAGAGCAGGUUGAGGAGGGAGUUGUGUAUGCCUGACAGUUUAGAAGAUUCAGGAGAAUUUCAGCAGCAAAAUCAAGAUACAGACUCCGUCACACACAGGCACAGCGGUCAGAGUGAGAGAGUGAAGCGGGGCUGUAAUCUGCUCACCUGUUCGGUGCACGAUUUGGCUCACCGGCUUAACCAGCUCCGUGAGAGGACAAACAACGCCCCCCCAGCUAAGAUCAGCCCACAUGGUUACGGCCGUAGGAGGAGGCGCUCACUGCCUCAGCUCUCUGCCGCAGAGACAGGCGGUCAGGGCCAUGUGAAGCUGAACAGGUUCCAACCCCAGAGAAGUGGAUCGCCUCAAAAACGGACUUAAACACCGACCUGCGGACGUGCUUCGUCUUCACCAUCUGGAGGAGCAAUAGACUUAACCGGGAUUCUACCAGCAGCUUCCUAGAAUAGGGAAGGGAGGACCAAAAAGGAGAAAAGGAGACUUAAACCAGCUAAUAUACAUUCACCAACAAAGCCCCAUAUGGAGAUCUUUGGGAAAAGUGGAUGUGACACAGACACUAAUAUCUGGCAAAGGAAGAUGCUUACGUACUUGAAGCUGGAUAUGUAUAUACAGAGGGAACUGUGCAAUAUAUCUCUUUUGAUCAGUAUGUGUAUUCCAUCAUUUAUGUCUAUAAAAAUGUAUCAUGAAAAAAAAAAUAUGUUAGAAAGCCAAAUAUUUAUACAUUCUAUAAUAUUCUUGUAAUCUUGGAGAUUAGACUAUUUUUUGUACAUGAUAUAAUAAUGUGGGCAUUGUAUAUUUUAGCUAUUGCCUUUUUGAAAGUAGGUAUUUAACCAGUGCUUUUAUACUGCUUGAAUGAUAAACACAUGUCCUUGUGAAUCAAUGUUAAGUGAAAGCAAAUUAUAUGAUCAACCAUUAAACAUUUUGCAA